AUGACACUUCAGACUAUCACUUGGAUGAGCACCUUCCUCUGCCUCGCGCAAGUUUGCUCCAUGCCCAUGCCUUGCCAGCUACAAGGACAGCUGGUGCGAAUAACCCACAACCUACUGAGAGACAUGGGGGGUCAUUUUCCUCUGGAGUGCCUGCAGGAUAAUAAUGUCUUCAUAGCAUUCCCAGCCACUGCUUUCACAACGUCCGGCGCGCCACAGUUGAGUAGCAGUGGUGCUAUGGCUAUUUAUGAGACAUUGAAGAACAUCGACACAUUGUUUGGAGCUGACGACCUGCCUACUAAGUGGGACCAACGGAAGUUGGAGAAUUUUCUGAAUAUUGUAUACCGCCAGAUUGAAGAGAGCAAAUGUAUGAUGGGGAGCGUGAAUACAUGUGAUUAUCUAGUCAGGGCAAAGGUGCUGAAGACAUAUUUCAGGAACAUCGCAGCUGUCCUAAACGAAAAAAAUUUCAGUUACUGCGCCUGGGAAGUGGUUCGAAAAGAGUUCCUGUACAGCCUACAGUUCAUUCUGGAACACAACUCUGAUAGCCUUCUGUGGGCCAAAAGAACAUGA